ACAACCCUGGCGUUGCAAGCGCCAUGCUCUACCAACUGAGCCACACGGGGGUAUCUUUGUCAAAUGACCACCUAUCAUUUUGAAACCAAGCUAGCUAGAUAGCCAAUGCGCUGUGCUUUACGAGAGUAUGCGUAACCUAGCGCGCCAGGAGGCUAGUUCUGUUUGGACAUUUAUGCGUAACCCGCUUCGACAUAUUCUUGCAUAUCUGUGAGUUAUGAAUGCGAAGUGUUUUGCAAAUGUUGAACUUACAAUAUGGCUACUAAUACUGAAAAAGCUAAAUGAAAGUCCAGGUAUACAGAUUUUGGACGAUAUUCUAGCAGAAAUCUACCGGGAAAGUGUCAUAGACAACAGCUAAAGGAGAGGACGCUAACAUUACCGUAAACUGACCGACUUCAAAGAGACCACAGUCAAGUCCUCCAUCCCCCACUUAGUCUGAUUGCUGCUCUCUCUGGCUCCACAACAAACCCCCGCCCGGCCAUCUAGAGGUGUGAAUACCCAGCCAGCCUACAAGUGGAGGAUGGCUGCAAUCCACUCCCAGUUAGACUGGGUCUGUUCAGGCCCUGGGGGACGUGAAGGACACCCAGAACUCCUUGGAAAAAGCAUCAACACCAUUGAUGACGUGAAAUAUGCUGGGAUGCAACACGUUGGCUCAGCUGUGGAGAACCUGAAGAAUAUCUUCUCAGACCUCCAACAGCAUACUCUCUCUGUAUCUGAAGAGGAGGUUCCCUCUGAGCAGCAGCAGUGUGAGCAGGAGUGGAGCCCCAGUCUGGGACCGGAGGACACAGAGCCCAUACAGAUUAAAGAGGAAGAGGAGGAACUCAGGACCACUCAGGAGGAAGAGCAGAUUCAUGGGUUUGAGACUGAUACUAAAGACUCCAUAUUCACUGCUGGCUGGGUGAAAAGUGACUGUGAUGAGGACCCAACUCAUCCCUCACAAGCCCAAAAGGAAGGAAAUGGCAAGAGAGACCCUACAACUGAACAGAUCACAACACAACCUGAUGGAGAGGACUGCAUAGAAUCAGAACCAACCAGUGUCUCCCAGCCCSUCUCUGCAGUAAAUCCAGACUGUUUUGCAGCUCAGACUGAAAACAUUGAAAGUGUAGGUGGUAUGGAGACUGGAGGACCUCUGUCAGGUUUUAAGCCAGUCAUAUCAAAGAGAUCAGAGAUGGCAAAAGGACAAAAGUCCCGUAUCAAUACUAAGGGUAAGACAUCGACACAAUUCUCCCUCCUGAAAUCACCCAGUCAAAGUCAUGCUACUUCCUAUUGUUGUUCCUGCCCUGUUUGUGGUACAUGCUUCAACCAGAAUGAAGAUCUGAAAAGACACAUGAGGAGCCACACAGGAGAGAAUCCAUAUUAUUGCCAUGAUUGUGGCAAAACAUUUAUUCGGAGUGGACAUCUAAAAAUACAUAUGCGGAUUCACACAGGGGAGAAGCCUUUUAAUUGUCGUCAUUGUGGCCAAGGAUUCAACCAGAACGGAAAUCUAAAAAGACACAUGAGGAUUCACACAGGAGAGAAACCUUAUCACUGUCAUUUUUGUGGCAAAGGAUUCUGCAACAGCAGUAAUCUGAAAAAACACAUACGGAUUCACACAGGUGCAGGGUUUGGGUCAAUUCCAAUUUAGUUAGAAAUUCCAAUUCAAUUCUUGAAUUCACUCAAGCAGUGGAGAAUUUACAUUGAAUUCAAUUCCAAUUUCAACAAUCUUUAAGUUAUGGAAUUGGAAUUAGACUGUUGAGUUGGAAUUGUAAAAACAUUUCAUCUUUGGAAUUUAAUGAAAAUGUAUGGAAUUUAUGCACUUAGAAUUUUUUUAUUGCAGGAUUUGUUUUAAAUCAUUUCAACUUGUAUUUAUAUAUUUACACUAUAGCUGUCUGAACAGUGACAUGAUCAGCCAGAAAGAAGCCUGAAUGAAUUUAAUUCGAAUUUGUGGAAUUGGGGAUAAUAUUGAAUUGGGAAUUGAGUUCUUGGAAUUUACCUAACAUUGGAAUUGGGAGGAUGGUAAUUACUGACCUGGAAUUUGAAUUUAAUUAAAUGAAAUAUACAGGGAGAGGGAAUUGAAUUAGAACUGAAUUUGUGGAAUUAACCCCAACCCUGUACGGGGGGAGAGAAGCCAUUUCACUGCCCUGAUUGUGGCAAAACACUAAUGCUACAGCUCGAUCAACAAAUGAAUUCACAGAGGAGAGAUAAGAUUGUUACUGCCCUAAUUGUGGCUCAGGCUUCAAUCCGAUUGACCAUCAAAAGUUACACGAGGACUCACACGGGAGAAAUGAUAUCAUUGCCGUGUUGAUGACUGAUGUUUCAGGAAUUACAUAAAUCCAAAAAGUACUCACAUGGGAGAGACAAUUAAGAUGCAAUGAUUGAUAUGCUUAAGUGGGCCCAUUCAUAAAAAUGAAUCUUGUGAAACAUUAAUUUUUUCUUCAUCCAGGGAUGGUGUGUUUUAUUCACAACAUAAUAAAUGUUGAUAACCUUGUUCAUUGAAGUGUUCUCUCUUUCUUGACAGUUUUCUAGUUUGUGACGUUAGAAAGCUUCUAUGCAAAACGAUCCUCUGAGGUAGAUAAAAGUGCACUAUUAAACAUUUAAAAUGUUGGACCAUUGAACUGAUCGGUGGGUUCAACAUUUGAUGUCAUGACUACAUUACUGUGAUUAUUUUCCCUCUGAGAAUGAAUAAUAACCCAACCAGUGGUUGUGAUGGAUUCAACUCACUAUUCACUGCCCUUGUCUCAAU